UUGACUUUCAAUUCUCCUUCUUCUAAUAAGAAGUUUGUCAUUGAAUCCGAUUUUUCCGCAAAAACUCCAAUAGAUCGAGCUCCUCGGAAAGGGGACUUAGUUGAUUUUUUUCAACUUAGUGCCCAGAAAGUGCGUCUUCUUCGUUCUUUAAACGAGCCUCUAAUAUUGAACCUGGGCCAGGAUACUCAACCAAAUUGGCAGCAUAUGUUGCAAUCUGUUGGCAAAGUCUCAUCUGAUCUGAAAGUUGUGCGUAGAAGCAUAGAUAUCGAAUCACUUUCCUGUGGCAAAAAUUUUGGAACGUUUCCCUAUUACUUUAUUGCUCAACUGGCUAAAUCGCGUAGGUCCCCUUAG